AUGACACGCAAGGUGAUAAAACUCCACGCGAAGGCGUACGGAAACAACAACUUGCAAGUCAUCGAUGAAUUUACGGCUAACAUCGCAACCAAGUAUAACAAUGUGGUUGCUGAAGUAUUCGUUGUGAAGAACAAAGGGGCAAGUCUGCUGAGUCGUGAUACAGCCACCCAAUUGCAGAUUCUCAAAAUCGAUACAAACAUGUGGAUUGUGAAUGAGAAUAACAAAAUAGGAAAAGUAGCAGGCUUUGAAGUUUCGCUUCAAAUUGACGAUAAAGUGAAGCCAGUUCAACAUACGAAAUGUCAUGUUCCAAUUCCGUUGCAGGAAAAAGUACAAAGUGAGAUAGAUCAUCUGCUCGAACAGGAUAUAAUCGAAACAGCUCCGAGAGAUUCCCCAUGGAUAUCUCGCCUAGUUAUUAGUCCAAAGGCUGGUGAUCCAGUGAGUGUUCGGUUGUGCGUGAACAUGAGAGCCGCUAAUAAAGCUAUCGUUCCACAGCACUACCCACUUCCUACCUUCGAUGACAUUGUACCUCAUUUGCAUAAUUGCAAAUGGUUUUCUAAAAUAGAUUUAACCAAGGCCUUCCAUCAAGUAGUUUUGGCGAAGGAAUGCAGAUUCAUCACUACGUUUGCUACUCACCAGGGAUAUUAUCGUUACAAAAGGUUGACCUUCGGGAUGAAUUGCGCAUCUGAAGUAUUUCAAAGUAUUAUCGAGCGUGUUUUGAAAGGAAUAAAGUGCGUUCGAGUGUUCAUCGACGAUAUAGUCGUGUUUGGCCCUACGAAACAACAACAUGACGACACUCUGCGUGACGUAAUUAACCGUUUGAAGGAGUUUGGACUUACUACCAAUCACAAGAAAUGCGAGCUAGGAAGAUCAGAGGUAGUUUUUAUGGGACAUAUUCUUUCGGCGGACGGAAUCAGGCCAACGUGGAACAAGGUGGACGCGAUAAGGAGACUUCGAGAACUCACUACUGUCGAGGAAGUGCGAAGCUUUCUGGACGCCAGUCCCACUGGUUUAGGAGGUGUACUACUGCAGGAGAAAGACGGCUUGAAACGAGUCAUCUGCUACAUUAGCAAAGGACUUUCGGAUGCUGAGAAGUCAUACGCGCAAAACGAGAAUGAAGCUUUGGCGUUAGUUUGGGCCACGGAACGAUUGCAAAUCUAUUUGAGAGGGAUGGAGUUUUUACUGUUGACAGACCAUGAGCCACUCAAAAUUCAAGCACUGCACUACUUACGAUCGCUUUGGAGAAGCAUCACUUUUGGCAAUGCAUUGACCAUCGAAGAAAUGUCGAAGCAUACCGUCAGCGACCCAAUCCUCGCGGAAGUAAAUGAGGCUCUGCAGACAGGUCGUUGGAAUGAUGCAAUUAAAAAGUUUACUCCUUUUAAAGACGAGUUGUACUGUUGCCGUGAACUGCUACUGAGAGGAGAGCGUUUGAUAGUACCAAAUAGUUUACAAAAACGGGUGCUUCGCCUGGCCCACAUCGGCCAUCCAGGAAUUGAACGGUCAAAGCAACGUUUGCGGUCCAAAGUUUGGUGGCCAACAAUGGAUAGAGACGUAGAGAAAGCGAGAACUACCAGAACUAUUCUUGGACCUCUGCCUUCAGGAGAAUCGCUGUUGGUGAUCAUCGACCCUUACAGCCGUUAUAAAGUCAUCGAAGUGAUGCGACAAACCACAACAUCGGACAUUAUUGCCAGAUUGCGUCCUCUGUUUAUGAGACUAGGAGUUCCUAAAAUACUGUUGACAGAUAAUGCAAGGAAUUUUACCAGCAAUGAAAUGGAAGACUUUUGUGGGGAGUUUGGAUUAACGCUGCGUCACACCACGCCAUAUUGGCCACAAGCCAAUGGUGAGGUCGAGCGUCAGAAUCGAAACAUUCUCAAUAUUCUACGGAUAGCGGAACUCAACCAAUCAGACUGGAAGAAAGACUUGGAAGAAUACAACUACGUGUAUGCAUUGACAUCUCAUCCGGCGACAGGGUAUUCUCCAGCCGAGAUUCUAUUUGGACGAAAAUUCCGCGACUGGAUCCCACAACUCUCUCAUUCAAGUCAAGGCUUAAAUGACGAAGUAAGAGAUAAUGACAGAAGGUACAAAUUCAAGUCCAAAGUGCACUAUGAUGCGGUGAAAAGAACAAAGGAGUCAAAUUUACGUAUUGAUGAUCGUGUGCUUAUGAAGAACCUGAACCCUGCCAAUAAGUUGACGCCAACUUUCCACUCAGAGCCAGCACGUGUGGUACAGAAGCAGGGAAAUUCCAUUGUUGUCGAGACACCUGCAGGGCAGAGAUACCGACGUAAUUCGUCUCACCUGAAGAAGCUGCAAACUCAGGAAUGCACCGAAACUGAUCAUGCGGAGGAAGACGAUGUUGAAGAAACUUUAGAGUGGAGUACACCUUUGAACCAGCAGCGAGAAUCGCCUGGAUCGGAAAGUGGCAAACGUACACCAUCGGUUCCAGAGCCUGAUCUGUCCUCAACGAAGAUGAAACGGCAGAUCAGAAAGCCACUUCGGUUCGACGACUAUGUACUGGAUGAGAUUCAUAAUACGGAGUGA